UUUGACAUUGACGUUUAAAGGUCAAGAUUACGAGCAGGAGAACGAGUAGUUUUAGUUGAAUUUCGUAGAAUUUGUACACUAUUUUUCACUGUGUGGAAAACUUUGUGAUUACACAAAAAGGAAGUCAGUUCCGCCGUUUGUAAAACAAUGCAUUAAUCGUUAAAUAACUAUGAUUUUAAGUCGAAUACCGUCGGCCUGCAGGCCUAGAAGUUAUGUCACUAUAUUGUCAAACCAAAUCACCACAGCGCCCGAUUCAAAGUCGAUACAAACUCCAAAUCCAAAGAAGAUUACCAGUGACAUGGUAGGACCACCUGAUCCUGUUUCAAACUUACGGAAAAUUAUAUUUAAAGAGCCGCCCAAUGAAACCCCACUAGAAAAGCAGUACAGGGAGCUACGAACUGAAGUGCAAAGUUGGAAUCAUAAGUUUUGGACGCAACACAACACUAGAUUUUUCCAGGAAAGAGAAGAAUAUCUGAAAAACAAUUUACCAGAAGGCAAACAGAAUUUAACAGCUGAUGAAAUGAGCGUCUUCUACAAAGCUUUCCUGGACAAAAAUUGGAAGGCACAUUUGUCAUAUAAUAAAGAAUGGUACAAAAAAAAUAUAACCUUGUUAGGAUUAGCAUUACAAAUUAAAAUUAGGAAAUUAUUUAGAAUAAAAGAUUCAAAGUAAA